UCAGCUAAAAUAGUUCAGGCCAAACGAAGCCUAUUUCUCUAUAGACCUAGAUGCACCAAAUAAACUGUUCUCUCUAAAAGUACUUAUAUACCCUUGGAUCAUCUCAUCUCUUCUCUCAUCUGUCACCUCCCUUCCCUACAGCAUCCACUUGCCAAAUCUUACUCACAAAGAUUGCAAGUUUUUUCUAACAUCCUCAAUCUCAAGUCAAGUGUAUAUACAUAUAUAUAUAUAUAGAGAGAGAGAGAGAGAGGAACAACACAAUGGCAUUCUCAAUGGUUAUAUUAUCACCGUCUCCUCCCCGACUCUACCUGGGAAAGACGAAACCAAUUUUACAGCACAAAACUGGCAUUCGGUGUUCUCUCUCUUCUUCUUCUUCUUCUUCUUCUUCGACACAAAUCUCAACCAAAUUCGAUCUUCGAACCUACUGGAAAACCCUAAUUGCAGAAAUCAAUCAGAAGCUGGACGAAGCCGUAUCUGUGCAGUACCCACAGCAGAUCUACGAAGCAAUGCGUUACUCUGUUCUCGCUCAUGCUGCCAAACGUGCUCCUCCGGUGAUGUGCGUCGCCGCCUGCGAGCUCUUCGGCGGCAACCGCCUCGCCGCCUUCCCCACUGCCUGCGCCCUCGAAAUGGUCCAUGCUGCUUCACUGAUACACGAUGACUUACCUUGCAUGGACGACGACCCAUCCCGGCGUGGACAACCUUCAAACCACACGGUUUUCGGAGUAGACAUGGCAAUCCUUGCCGGCGACGCCUUGUUUCCUCUCGGCUUCCGCCACAUUGUCUCCCACACGCCUGCGGACUUGGUCCCCGAGAACCGCCUCCUCCGCGUCAUUGCGGAGAUGGCCCGGACAGUGGGGUCCACCGGCAUGGCCGCGGGCCAAUUCCUCGAUCUCGAGGGCAGGCCCAACUCCGUUAAAUUCAUCCAAGAGAAGAAAUAUGGUGAAAUGGGUGAGUGCUCUGCCGUGUGCGGCGGCCUGUUGGGUGGGGCAGGCGAGGAUGAGAUCGAACGGUUGAGGAGGUACGGUCGAGCCGUUGGGGUUUUGUAUCAGGUAGUUGAUGAUGUGUUGGAAAAGAAGAUGCAGAGAGAGGAGACAAAUGGGGAGGAGAAGAGGAUGAGGAAGAAGAAGAAGAAGAAGGGGAAGAGCUAUGUGGGAGUGUAUGGGGUGGAAAAGGCCAUGGAAGUGGCAGAGGAAUUGAGAGGGAAAGCCAAGAGAGAGCUGGAUGGGUUUGAGAAGUAUGGUGAGAGGGUGUUCCCACUCUACAGUUUUGUAGAUUAUGCAGCUGAUAGAGGUUUUAGUGUUGGUUAUCAAGUUUAAUUUGUAAAUUCUUUUCCAUAACACUAUGUUUGGACACGUAAGAGCAAAGAAAAAAAGAAAUAAUUACUUAAGUUAUAA